AGGGUAGUCUGCGGACAACAGCGAUGGUCUGGGCGAGACUGUGGGAGGCUGCUUCCUGACACAGAGGAACUGCGAAGAGCUACUGUAGAAGUUACAGAUUACCAGAUGGAACAUUUUGUAAGGGUUGUACUAGGCUUGUGAUGGACAUCCGGAGACUUCUCAGACUCUUUGGCAUCUGCUUCACUGCAGCCUGUCUACUGACCACAGCACAGGGCUUUCAUAUACAGAUGCCAGACUCUGUGAGGGCUGUGGAGGGCAGCUGUGUUCUGAUCCCCUGCCAAACCCGACCCCAUACCAGGGUCAUCUGGUACAAAUACCACAACAGAGACUGGCCCGCCAUUUAUGAUGGGAAAAACCCUGGUAAAGUUAUUGGUGAAUUUAAAGGACGGACUACAGUUUCGGGGAAUCCUUCAGAGGGGAACUGCACCCUCAAGAUCGACAAUGUCAAGAUGUCUGAUGGCAUCACUCUGUAUCCCUACAUCAACCCAGAGUCUGACAAAUACUACAAACCAAUGGUCAAGAUAAAGACUCAGUCUAGAAUCCGCCCUGAGUUACGAGGCCCGGAGUCCCCAGUGAAGGAGGGUGAAGUCUUCAGCCUCAGCUGCAGCGUCCAGCACUCCUGCCCCCCCUCUCCCCCAGCCAUAGAGUGGAGGGGCCUGACGGGGAACACCACUGAGGUGUCCACUAGGAGGCCUGCUGCAGACAUGUGGGUAGAUGUGUCCACAGUGACGGUGACUGCUACACGUUCUCAACAUGGCAAAAUGGUCCACUGCCGCACAGGUGAUAUGUCAACAGAGAGCAAAUCUCUCACUCUGGACAUCGCAUUUCUCUCCAUCAUGGUACCCAACACCUCAUGCUCAGAGAGGGGAAGGACGGUGAGAUGUGUAUGUUGGGUGGAGGCAUACCCCGUUCCUAUAGUGACAUGGAUGCUCAUUGGCGGAACUGGACUUCCAGCAUCUGUCAUUCCCAACAUCGCCACAGUGGGCACCUUGAUGUCCUCGGAGGUGGAACUGGAGAGGACACUAGCAGAGCAGGGGGUGGUGUGUGUGGCAAACAACUCCUACAGCAAUGAGACACACCACAUGACUUUACAGAGUGUAAAGACUCUCCUGCCAUGGAUUAUUUUGGCCUCUGUAUUUGGACUUCUUGGUUUAUGUGGAAUUAUUUGUUACUCACGGCGCAAAAGGAAUUCUGGUAAUACCGAUCUGCCAGUGGAUGAUAACCCCUCAAGACCACAGACAGAGUUGGGCGUGAAGCUAACUAUGGUCGAGAAGCCUGAACAGAACAAAUUGCUUAACAGUAGCAAAACGCAUCAGUACAGAAGAAAAAAAGAACCAAAACAGAGUGUCUGUGCAACAGAAAAAGAAGAUAUCUAUAAAAAUGAAAAAUUUCUACGAACUCAACAACACAGACCAAAGAGAGAGUUGGAUGUGAACUAUGUGAGCCCUAUGGUCCAGAAGCCCGAGGAGAAAGAAUGGCUUCACAGAAGCAAAACAGAUCAGAGUGUGUGUACGGAAACAGAAGACAUCUACCUAAAUGACGAUUUUUUACAAACUCAAUAUCCCAGACCACAGUCAGAGUUGGAUAUGAACAGCGCAAUGGUUCAGGAGCCUGAACAGAGUGAAUCGCUUUACAACAACUGCAAAACAGAUGAGCGUGAGUGUGCAACGGAAACAGAAGACGUCUAUGACAAUGACGAUGUUCUGCAAACUCAAUUCCACAGAAAAGAGUGCUGACGUCCUACGGACUGUUCUGGGUUUGAGUGACUGCUGUAGUGGAAUGGGCCACUAUCAAACUCAGGAUGCUGGAGAGUACAGUGUAAUGACUCUCUGUCAAGCAGUUAGCACCUGCACAUGUUGCAAAAUGUGCAAAAACAUUGAGCACUUGACAAAAAAAAUUGGCCAAUGUCUUUUCUUUUUGUUCUUUGUAUUACCUUCAGAAAUAUUGUAAAAUACUGAGUUGGUCUUUUUAUUCCUUUCAUGCAUACAUUAUGAAAUAAAUAGAUUUUUUU